CUAUAUCCACGUUUCCCCUACACUAAAUCCUAAAGCCGCUAUGGGCAUUGCACGGCUUUACCAAAAGAAGGGAGCACACAGACCGAGACAACAGCUCUUCGCUUGUGUUUCAAACUUCGUCCACCGGCCUGACACGACGUUAUAUGUUAAUUAUAUGUUAUAACCAUACAGAAAGUGCGUAUAGAAAUUUGCUUCGGAUGUACGUGAGGAAGUCGGAGUGAUCAGCUCAGUUAAGCCAAAUAAUACGCACGAAGGUGUUGCCGCAGACCAACUACACCGAUAGCUUGUUACUGUGGAGUACUUCGGCAGCGCGGCGAGGCGAUGGCAUCGCUGUUGCUGCCAAUCCUAGCAUUAUGCGCCUUUCAGCUGGGAGCCUUUGCCCAGAUCAGUGCACCUAUUGCCCACAACAAGCAGCUCGCUGAUGCGGACAGCAGCAACAAGUACCGGGGAAGGCAGGCGGACAUGGACAAAGACGGCGACAUUCAGCACGAGGGCCCCGUCCCCGGCGCCCAGCGCUGCGGCCGCCACCGACUGGACCUGUCUUGGAUGAGCGAGGCAACCUCCUCCGUGUACGCCACUCCGCUCAUAACCGACCUGCACGCGGAUGGAAGGCGGGACAUUGUCGUGCCCUCCUUCGUACACUACUUAGAGGUGUUCGAGGGUCCCAACGGCGGCCAGGCGGUGGGGUGGCCCGCCUUCCACGCCUCCUCCGUACACGCCUCACCCCUGCUGUACGACAUUGACUUUGACGGCGUACGGGACAUCCUGCUGGCCACGUACGACGGUCAAAUCAUGUUCUUUAAAGACACGGGUGACAAGCUGCCAGAGGGGCUCCAGAUUAGCCGGCUGAGGGUCAGGAAGGACUGGUACGUGGGGUUGGACCCGCAAGACCCCUUCGACCACUCGCACCCUGACGUGGGGGACGGACAGGGGGCCCCCGGAGGAGGAAAGGGCAAUGGCAGCGGCGACGGCGGCGGUAGAGGCAGGAGGCCCCGAGGAGGCUCCGACACCCCCAAACAGGUGACUGCCUCUCACCCGGCAACAUCCAUGGAGGAACGAGUGCGGAAAUUUGUGCGGCAAAUCACGGAGUACAGGCAAAAGUACGGCGAUGCCGCCGCUGACAAGCUCAUGUCGGAAGCCCGCAACACCAAUGCCGUAUUCUACCAGGCCGUGAUGCAGGCGUUACGGGAGUCGUUACUCGCUACCGUACAUCCCGGUACGACAUCUGAUAGUAGUGGCAGUAGCAGUACGACGGCCCGUCGGCGGUUGCUACAAGCAGAUGCUCAAAGCACGGCAAACGGUAACAGCGGUGGAAAUGCCGCAACUGUGGAGACGGCUGGCGAGGGCGAGGUUAUUAGCAAGGAGGCCGCGGAUUCCUUCGAUAUCUUCUUUAACAAUAACGCCAACGACGGUACGGCAACUGAUGACGCUACUGCUCGAGCGGAGGCGGAGGCCGCCGCCGCGCUUCUCGCGGAGAGGAUACGACACCACGAAACGCAUGAUGCAGCUGAAGCCGCUAUUGCCGCGGGUAACAGCGGUGCUGCAAGUCUGGAUCCUGGCAGUAUCGGGGAGCUUGAUAGCUUCCUGGGGCGGUUGCAGUACGACGAGUUUGGAGACCUGGAGAGUACGGCAGCCUAUGUAGAGGGUACGGCAGGGGAGCAUGAGCAUGGAGUCGACCCUCGUGCCGCCGACGCCGACGAGCUGGUAGUUGACAGCUACAAGCACCUCUACUUGGGAGAUUACAUCAGCAGCAGCGGCGGAGGCAGCAGUGGGGGCAGGGGAAGAGGCUGGGCGGAUGAGGAGUUCACGCAGUCCACCCACCCCACCGCCUCCGCCGGCUACGUCUACGUGGACCCGCACAUCAUGGCCAACCCCGCCAUCGCCGACAUCGACGGAGAUGGGCAUGAUGAGCUGGUGGUGGCUGUGUCGUACUUUUACGACAGGGAGUACUACGAUGAUCCCGAGCACGCCAAAGACCUCAAGGACAUCGACAUUGGGAAGUACGUCGCAAGCGGCAUAGCUGUGUUCGAUCUGCGCACUCGCACGGAGAAGUGGGUGCAGCACCUGGACCUCUCCACGGACUCGACGCAGUACAAGGCCUUCGCCUACUCCGCCCCCACGCUGGUCGACCUGAACGGGGACGGCAAGCUGGAGGUGGUGGUGGGCACAUCCAUGGGGUUCCUGUACGUGCUGGACCACACCGGCUCCCCGCUGCCCGGCUGGCCCCUCCAGAUGGGUGAGAUCCAGGCUCAACCGCUGGUGGCGGAUGUGAACAACGACGGAGAGCUGGAGGUGGUGGUGGGCGACAUGCGCGGCAACCUGGCUGCCUUCAACUCCCGGGCCGAGGAGCUCUGGGAGCGGCACCUGCGGUCCGCCAUAUCGCAGGGCGCUGUGGCGGGAGACAUCGACGGCGACGGACAGCUGGAGGUGGUGUUGGGAACCAGCAGUGGCUACAUCUACGCCCUAGCCGGGUCUACAGGCUUGGACAUACCCAACUGGCCCUACCGCGCACGUGGCAGGGUCCAAGCUCCCCCCACCAUCACUCACCUCAUUGAGGGAAGCGGGCUGCAGGUUGUGGUUCCCGCCUUCGAUGGCUUCCUGUACGUCAUUGACGGCUUGCAGGGCUGUGCUGACGUGGCCGACCUGGGCGAGACCUCCUACUCCGCCGUGCUGGUGGACGACCUGGACGGCGACGGAGCGCUGGAGCUGCUGGCGACCACCAUGAGCGGCAACGUGUACGCAUGGGAGACGGGGGCGCCGUACCACCCGCUGGCAACAUGGACGGAGCAGGUGCUGGGUCCCAACGGUCAGGUGGCUCGCUACGGCUACGUGGGUAUCUCCGCCACCGGCCCCUCCCGCCGUCCCCGCGACGUGGCGGGCGAGCGGCUGCAGGUGGCGUUCGAGCUGCUGGACAAGCGGCUGGCGUUUGCGGAGAACGGCACCCUCAUGCCGGGGGGACGGGGGCCGUACAACGUGACGGUCGUACUCAAGGGUGUGGGUGUCCGUGAGAUGGGUGCGGGAGACGCCCCGGUGGUCGGGGUGGCGGACUCCUUCCCCGCACCCGGCAGGUACACAGUGGACAUCCCCUGCCCCAGGACGCUGGCCUCCGCCAUCGUGCGGUUGGAGCUGGUUGACGGCAGCGGGCUGCUGUACGCCGACGAGUUCCUGCUCUCCUUCCACAUGUCCUUCCACCGGCUGCUCAAGUGGGCGGUGGCGCUGCCACUGGGGCUCAUGACGGGGCUGCUGCUGGCGGCGCUGGCGGGAGGAGCGGGCGAGAGCAGGGGCGGGGUCGUACCCACGUAGGGUGCCAUGCAGAAGGAUUUGUGACUUCGGGACAAGCGGUUCCCUGGGGGGCUCUUGUCCGAGGUUGGUGGUAGCAGCUAUGGGAGAAGGCGGUAGGGGCAGGGGACGAAAGGCAGGAGGUCUUGUACCCACUUGAAGGAGGAGUCUGUUGUUACGGACAGGGCUUACGUGAGGAGUGCAUAAUAGGACAUUGCACGACGGUACCUCCAGCGCCGUACCUUGACGGUAGCGUUAGCGGCAACGGCGCGAAGCAGGGAGGCCCGUGACUGACAUGCACACGAUUGCUUUACACAUAAGAGGGAUAAGACGAGCACCUGUGAAGGGCGUGGAAGUUCGG